CGCACGAGCUUCCAGCUGCGUACUUCUGCUUUCGCGCCGCAUCGAGCAGUCGAUGGCCCGGUACCACUCGAUCGAGGCCGAGCUACCGCCUUCGCACCGCACGCACCCGUCCUCGGCGGCGUCCUGGACGUCCCGUGUCCUCUACGCAUGGGUCCAGCCGCUCCUCUCGCUCGGCAACACCCGGCAGCUGCAGCCCGACGACAUUUGGCCGCUCGAAGCGCCACUGCAGUGCAAGACCGUGAGCGCCGCCUUUGAGCCUGCCUUUCGGUCGACCCGCUCGAUUGCCCGCGCCGUGGUCUCGGUCUACGGUGGCCGCCUCGUUGUCAUCGGCCUCGUCCAAGCGAUCACAGUCGGCUGCACCUUGUAUGGCCCGAUCGUGCUCCAACAAAUCCUCGUCGCCGUCGAGUCGGGUCCGGCCAUGGACGUCCUGUCCGUGCUCGGGACGAUCUUUGCGCUCUUUCUUGUGCGGUCACUGCAAGCGCUACUGACGGCCCACGCCACGUACGCCAACCAGCUCGUGACUGUCCAGCUCACGUCGGCGCUCCAGCACCUCCUCUUUCAGAAAGCGCUCUUGCUCGACGCAGCCGCGCGCAAGGCUACGACGGCCGGCGAGCUCGCCAACCUCUUCUCGACCGACAUCCAAACCAUCAUAACGUUCUCGGCCGCGUCCAACCAGAUCUGGCUCAUUCCGCUCCAGGUCGUUGUCAUCUUGGCCAUGUUGUACCGCGUCAUUGGCUGGUCGACGUUUGUCGGCGCCGGCGUCAUCGUCGUCACCCUCGGUGCCAACCAUGUGCUCGCGAACGCCCAGCGCCAGGCGUUCAAGACGCUCAUGACGCAGAAGGACGCGCGCAUGAAGGUCGUCCAUGAAGUCUUUGGGUCGAUCCAGGUCAUCAAGCUCAACGCGUGGGAAGAAAAAUUCAGCGACAAGCUCACGCGCCUCCGCGACGCCGAGCUUGGCACGAUGCACCACAUCAUUGUGCUGCAGUCGUGGUUCGUCGCGCUCUUGUACGCGGCGCCCGUCGUCGUCUCGAUCGUGUCGCUGGCGAUCUACGCGCUCGUGAUGCGGCAGUCGCUGACGCCGGCGACGGUCUUCACCGCGCUCUCGCUCUUUACAUUGCUGCGCGGCCCGAUGAUGUUUUUGCCGCAGAUCGUCGCCAACCUCAUGCAGGCGGUCGUGGCACUCAAGCGCAUCAUGGAGUUUCUCGACAUGGACGAGAAGGACACGGACGUCGUCAAGACGCCCGAGACCAUCUCAACCUCGGAACUCAACGCGUACGCUGAAAAGAAGAUUGACAUUGAGAUUGCCGACGGCACGUUUGCAUGGGACGUCAGCGGCAAGCCGCUCUUCAACGGCAUCAACCUCCAAAUCAAGCGCGGCGAGUUUGUGCUCGUUCAUGGCGCGGUCGGCGAAGGCAAGUCGUCGCUCGUCUCGGCGCUGCUCGGCGAGAUGCACAAGCGCCACGGGUCGGUGUUUGUCGGCGGCCAAGUGGCCUACUUUUCGCAGCAGGCGUGGAUCCAAAACCUCACGAUCCGCGACAACAUCCUCUUUGGCAAGCCGUACGACCGGAAAAAGUACAACGCCGUCCUGGACGCGUGCGCACUGAGCAAGGACCUGACGCUCUUCCCCGCCGGCGACCGCACCGAGAUUGGCCAGAAAGGCGUCAACCUCAGCGGCGGCCAGAAAGCGCGCAUCUCGCUCGCGAGAGCAUGCUACAGCGACGCCGACAUCUUCCUUUUGGACUCGCCCUUGUCGGCCGUCGACGCGAUCGUGUCGAACGAGAUUUUCACCAAGUGCUUUCUCGGGCUCCUCCGGCACAAGACGAUCGUGCUCGUGACGCACUCGCCCGAGAUCAUUGCGUCCUCGUACAUUGACCGGUCGAUCGAGCUCAAGCAAGGCAAGCUGCUCACCACAGAAGUCGACAAGCAAGACGCCCCGAUCCUCGUCUCGCCACUCAAGGCGCGGCUCGGGUUUGCGGGCAGCGGCGAGUUUACGGACGAAGACGUCUUCUCGCUUCGCCAGAGCAAGGCGGCCGCGCAGCCGUCGUUUGUGUCGCCGUCCGUCAUGUCCCCGGGCUACGACAACCUCUUUUGCACGCCGUUCGAUGACGCGAGCGUCGAGACGUACGACGAGACGACCAUGUCCGGGACGCUCGUGUUUCAAGAAGAGCGCUGCGCCGGCCGCGUCUCGUCGCACAUCUUCUCUGCGUAUUUGGACGCGAUCGGCGGGUACCCGAUGCUGAUCUUUUGGGCGUUUGUCAUUUCGUCGUGGCAAGUCCUCUCGAUCGCGGGCGACUACUGGCUCACGAAAUGGAUGGCGGACCCAGACUACAUUGCGCACGGUCCGUACCACUUGGCGAUCUUCUCGCUGUUGUCGCUCGGGGGUGUUCUCUUUACGAUCCUCCGCACGGCGUCGAUCUUGCUCUCGGGGCUCAAAGCCUCUCGGCUCCUCUUUGACAAGAUGACGGCGUCGCUGCUGAAGGCGCCGAUGGCCUUCUUUGACGCGAACCCGGUCGGCCGCAUUUUGAACCGGUACAGCAGCGACCUCGCGACCGUCGACACGGCGAUCCCGAUGACGCUCAACUCGUUCUUGGCGAUGGUGUUUAUGGCGGUCUUUUGUCUCUUGACGACGGUCGUCGCCGUGCGCAGCCUCGGGCUCAUCCUGCUGCCGAUCGUGUACCUCUACUUUGCGACGGGCAGAGAGUACAUUCACCCCGCGCGCGAAGUCGAGCGCGUCAACAAGGUCACGCGGUCGCCGCUUUUGAGUUUGAUUUCCGAGUGCAUUGAUGGCGCGCUUGUGAUUCGCGCGUUUGGCGCCAAGCAAGUGCGCCGCUUCCAGCGCCUGCACCACCGCAACGUCGACAUGAACUUGGAGGCGGUCGUCGCGGGCCAGGUCAUCACGCAGUGGUUCUCGCUGCGUAUUCAGCUCACGUCGGCGCUGCUCCUCCUCGUCACGUUUGUCUCGCUGGUGUGGGCGCGCGCGAUGUUGAGUCCGGGCUUGAUCGGUCUUGUGCUCAACUACACCUUUGCGGUGCUUCCGUUCUUCGAGUGGAUAGUGACCUCGUGGUCGCAGAUUGAGACGGCGAUGGUCGGCCCCGAGCGGCUCUCCGAGUACGCGGCGAUCGAGCCGGAGGCGCCCCGUGUGAUCCACGGUGCGACGGCCCACGACUGGCCGACGACGGGCCACGUGACGUUUAGCAACAUGAGCUUCCGCUACAAGGAGCACGAUGCGCUCGUGCUCAAGGACGUCAACGUCGACAUUGCGUCGGGCGAGAAGAUUGGCAUCGUCGGGCGCACGGGCGCCGGCAAGUCGAGCUUGACCAUGGCGCUCUUCCGCAUCAACGAGCUCGCGUCCGGCUCGAUUUCGAUCGACGGCGUCGACAUCAAGUCGGUGGGCGUCAAGACACUGCGCAGUGCGAUCGCGAUCAUUCCGCAAAACCCCGUGCUCUUCAAGGGCACGCUGCGCAACUACUUGGAUCCGUUCAGCGACUAUGGCGACGACCAGCUCUGGGACGCCCUCGGUAAAGUCCGCCUCCAAUCGCGCAUCGCGUCGGUCGACGGCCAGCUCGAGAGCCACGUCGAAGAGAACGGCGAGAACUUUAGCGUCGGCGAGCGGCAGAUGCUGUGCAUGGCGCGGGCCCUCCUGCGGCAGGCGCGCAUCGUGGUCAUGGACGAAGCGACGGCGGCGAUUGACCACGAGACGGACCAGAACCUCCAGCGCGUGAUCCGGACCGAGUUUGCGGCCUCGACCGUCCUCACGAUCGCCCACCGCCUCGACACGGUUUUGGACUGCGACCGCAUUCUCGUGUUUGACCAAGGCCGGCUCGUGCAGUGCGACAAGCCGCAGCAGUUGAUUGACGACGGCACUGGCAUCUUUUACGAGCUCUGCCACGAAGGCGGGUACCUCGACAAGGUGCUUGCGUCGCCGUAGAGUGUUUACGAGACGACCGAUAUUGUCUCUUAUUUUAUUGCAAUUAUCAAGUAUUUUACAGUGUAUUUUAC